AUGCAUCCCGUUAGUCUCGCGGGUUCAGUCAGCGCGUCCGAAACAGCGCGAUCGUUCCUCGCGACGCCACGACGUCGCCCCAAUGACUCCAAUUCCUCUCCGCACGGUCACAUUGCGUCGCACAGCGUCGUCGAUCGUCGCGUAAGCUCGCAGAUUGCUCGUACCUCGUUCCCAUCUGCAGCAACACGCACAUCAGCACCCGCACCGAACUCUCGAUCCACUCGUCCACGUCAGCACGUCGCCGUGCGUGCAGUUGCUGACGGCGAUGGCGGAGUCGAUUAUUCAGCCUCUGCCGAGGCGGUCGACGUGGCGGCGGAACCAGCGAGCUCGACUUCCCAAGGAUCACCCGCCGCUGAGCCCAAGGCGCGCACCAAAACCUCCAGUAGCAGCAUCAGCAGCGGUGGAGGAAGCAGCGGCAGCGGGGGGUCAUCCGCGCUGGAUAAGCUCCGCGAGCUGCUGCGCGCGGCGGAGGCGGAGCUGGAAAAGGCGAAGGCGCGGACCGUAGAGACGGAGGAGGAGGCGCGCAGAGUGGCGGAACGCGCCAUAGAGAUCUCUGACGCCGCCGCCAAGGCGGAAGCCGCCGCGGAUGCGGCGCUGGCGCAGGUGGAGGCGGAGCUGGCGGAGGAGGCGUCGGCGCAGGAUGCGCUGCGGCAGGCCGAGGCGGCGUUUAGCGAGCAGGCGGAGGUGCUGGUGGCAGCAGAAGCGCAGCAACAGGCGGUGGAGGCGGGGAUGGCGGACCAGGGGAUUCAGGAGGGGGAAAGCUUGCGGUCGGGCGUAGUUAACUUGGUGCAAGAGGUGCGCGAGGAGCUUGCGCAGCGGGAGGCGGAGCUGAGGACGCGGACGGAGGCAGCCGCGCAAGCGACUGGUAGGCGUGUGAGGGCGCAGGAGGAGGCGUCCGCGCUGGUGGCGGCAGCGGGGGAGGCAAGGGCGCGCGCGGGGCAGGCGGAGGAGGAGGUGGGGGAGCGCAUGGGCGUGGCGGAGAGGGCGGUGGCGUUCGAGCUGGAGGCGAGCCAGAGCGUGGCGGAGGCCGCCAAGGCGCUGGCGAGGGCGGAGAAACUGGUUACUGAUAUCGCCAAGGCGGAGGCGGAGGCGGCCAAGCUAGCCGCGGAGAAGGCGGCGCUGCUGGCGAGCGAGGUGGCGGGCGUGUCAGCCGCGGUGCGCGCCACUGUGAAGGGCGGACGGGCCGCUGCUGGCAUGCCCACCACCGACUCUGACAGCGACUCGGACAGGGACUCAGAUAAGGGCUCAGAUAAGGAAUCUGAUAGGGAGGCAGGUAGGGACUCGGGUGGAGAGGUGGGAAGUGAGUCUGCUGACGGGGAGGUGGUUAGUGUGAAGGGUGGAGAGGAGAAGGCGGGUGUGGGGGAGGUUGUUGCAGAGACAGUGGGGAAGGCAGAGGGAAUGGGGAAGAAGGGAGGAAAUGUUGGAGAGGAGGAGGGCGCAGGGGAGGAGAAGGGGGUCGGGCAAAGGAGCGUGGUGGUCAGUGAGGAGGGGAAGGAUGGGAUGAGGGACGAGGAUGCACUCAAGUGGGUGCGAUCUGCCAUGCCCCCGCUGCUGCGCCACCUGCCCAAAGUGCUGCUCGCGCUCACCGUGCUCCUCCUCGGCGGCGUUGCGCUCAAGGCGCGCAUGGCGCACAGGGGGGGCGGGCACGCACCCCCCGCCACAGUGAUGCAGAUGGACGCCCUGCAGGCGGGGGGACUGGGGGAAGCUGCUGUGGACGCCGCUACACACGAAGCAGCAGGGGGGGUGGUGGGGCAGCAGCAGCAAGGAGGAGGGCCGGUGACCUCGGGUAGCCCAGUGGUGUCUGCAGUGCAGGGGGUGGUGGGGCGAGCCAAGGCGCUCAUUGACAAACUGCCCCGACACGAGCCGAACGAGGAGGAGACACAGCUGUUUGAUGUGCUGUGGCUGCUGCUCGCCAGUGUCGUCUUCGUCCCCAUCUUCCAGAAGCUGCCCGGAGGCAGCCCAGUGCUGGGGUACCUGGCAGCGGGCGCACUCAUCGGCCCAUACGCACUCUCAAUCAUAAAGCACGUGCACGGCACCAAGGCUCUUGCAGAGUUUGGCGUGGUCUUCCUCAUGUUCAACAUUGGCCUCGAGCUAUCCCUGGAGCGCCUUCGCUCCAUGCGCAAAUACGUCUUUGGACUCGGCUCUGCUCAGGUGCUGGUGUCAGCGCUAGCGAUAGGGGUGUGUGUGCUGGCAGUGGCGCGUGUGUCAGGCCCAGCAGCCAUUGUCAUUGGCAACGGCCUUGCCCUCUCCUCCACCGCCGUUGUCCUCCAGGUGUUGCAAGAGCGAGGGGAGAGCACGUCGCGCCAUGGGCGAGCCACCUUCUCCGUGCUGCUCUUCCAGGAUCUAGCAGUGGUGGUUCUGCUCAUCCUCAUUCCGCUCCUCUCCCCCACCUCGUCCCGAGGGGGUGUGGGUUUCAGGGCGAUAGCGGAGGCACUGGGGGUGGCGGCAGUGAAGGCUGUCAUCGCCAUUGCAGGCAUCAUUGCGGGCGGCCGACUGCUGCUGCGCCCCAUAUACCGCAGCAUGGCGGAGAACCACAAUGCGGAAAUCUUUGCCGCCAACACUCUGCUUGUGGUGCUGGGUACCUCCGUGCUCACUGCCCGGGCGGGACUGUCCAUGGCACUGGGAGCGUUUCUGGCGGGCCUGCUGCUCUCAGAGACGGAAUUCGCCCUGCAGGUGGAGUCAGACAUCAACCCCUACCGCGGGCUGCUGCUGGGGCUCUUCUUUAUGACUGUGGGCAUGUCUAUCGAUCCCAAGCUGCUCGUGGCGCGCUUCCCCCUCAUCCUGGCAGCCCUGGCGGUGCUCAUAGCGGGCAAGACAGCUCUGCUGGCGGGCAUGGGGCGCCUCUUCGGCCUCUCGCCCGUCGCUGCUGUGCGCACGGGCCUGCUGCUCGCACCUGGAGGGGAAUUCGCGUUUGUUGCGUUUGGAGAGGCUGUCAGCAAGGGCAUAAUGAGCGCGCAGCUAUGCUCGCUGCUGUUCAUAGUGGUGGGGCUCAGCAUGGCCAUCACGCCAUGGCUGGCUGCAGUGGGGCAGCUCAUCGCCUCGCGCUUUGACCAGCAGGACGUGCGCUCGCUGCAGCCCCACGAGGCCGAGACGGACGACCUUCAGGGUCACAUCAUUAUCUGUGGCUUCGGCCGCGUGGGUCAGAUAAUAGGCCAGCUGCUGUCGGAGCGGCUCAUCCCCUUUGUGGCGCUGGACGUGAGCAGUGAGCGGGUCAGCGCUGGGCGCUCCCUCGACCUCCCGGUUUACUUCGGCGACGCUGGCAGCCGCGAUGUGUUGCACAAGGUGGGGGCAGAGCGAGCAGCAGCAGCAGUGAUCACACUAGACACACCGGGCGCCAACUACCGCGCGGUGUGGGCGCUGAGCAAGAGCUUCCCGCAUGUGAAGACGUUUGUGCGAGCACACGACGUGACCCACGGGAUUAACCUCGAGAAGGCGGGGGCGACUGCCGUUGUCCCUGAAACACUCGAACCCAGCCUGCAGCUUGCCGCGGCUGUUCUCGCGCAGGCGAAGCUGCCAGCAGCAGAGAUAGCCGCCACACUGGACGACUUCAGAACGCGCCACCUGGCAGAGCUGACAGAGGUGAGACACGUGGCAGGGCUGACUGAUUGGUGGCGCUAUGGGGGCACAGGGCUGAGUCUCAUGGGCCUCUCCCGCUCCUCCGCCAGACGACCCUCCGUGAGUCGCGCACGUCCCGAUCCCCAGUCGCCCUCACCCUUUCCCGCCCUCCCUUCCGCCCUCCCUUCCGCUUUCCCUCCCGCCCUAUCGCCUGCUCUCAUCCCACCAUGCCUCUCUCCCCGCCCUCCGCUCCGCGCGAUCUCCGUCGCUCCAUUCUUAGUUCCGCGCCCCUCCGCGCACGCGCAUCUCCCCCUUUCUGCUAAUACCGCUCAACGCUCUCUUCCCCCCUCCCAACCCCUUCCCCCUUCCCCAACCCCCCCCCAACGCUCUCUCCGUUUCCCUCCCCCUUUCCUCUCGCCCGCCCGCCCAUCAGGCGCGGAGGCGCAAGGCAGGCGCGCGGGAGGGGGGAGUGGUGCUGCCGGUGCGCGCGCUGCUGCUGCUGUGCACCGCGUGCUUGGCGCUCGUGCUGCUCGCCGUGCUCGCUGUGGUGCUGUGGGUAUGUGCGCGGUGGGAAACCGGGAAAUCGGGAAACCGGGAACUGCCGUGCGCAAGCGGCGCAAGGCAAAGCCAACGGAUCUGAUAAACCAGAGGCGGUGGCAGCAGUUUUACCGCAACAUCGUGCUCAUUGUGAACUACAAGCGCCCGCAGCAGAUGCCCGUCACGCUCGACCUCAUUCACUCGCUUUAUGGGGGGCUAUUCCAACGCAUUCUUGCUGUCUCCGAGUUUGGGGAUGCUGAUUUGGGGGUGCUUGAGUCCCCUGUGAAGGAGACUGGGCACGGCCACGACUUGCCGCCCGGCUCGCUGCACUACAGUGUGCUGCCGAAGCUGCUGACGUGGCACCCCAUGGCGGAGGGCUUUCUGUGGAUGGAUGAUGACACGGUGCUCAACUACUGGACUAUGAGCCGUGACAACAAGUCGCGCAUCUGGUUCCUGGGCCCCAUGCACCAAUCAUGGCGCAUUGCCAGCCUCGACCCCUCCGGAGGCGUGGCAGGGGGGUGGGGAGGGCAGGGGGGAGGGGGAGGGCAGGGGGGAGGGGAACGGAAGGAGGCGGGGGCAGUGAGGUACAUGGAGGACGCGAGUGAGCGCGUGGAGGAGAGUGGGGAGGCGCUGCAGCUGCUCAAGCAAGCCGUUUCCCAGGCACUCUCCCACCUCCCCCCGCAGCACCUGCAUCAAUACCAGCAGUCCAUCUCCCCCAAGACAAACAUAUUCCUGCGGGCGGCAUCGGACAUCUUUUAUAUCCCGCAGCGCCAUGCAGUUGCCAUGCGCUCCCUCAUUCCCAUCUUUGCCGAUCAUCGCAUUGUGGCUGAUGUGGCAAUACCGAUGAUGCUGCAUGCCUUGGAACAUCCAAGAGAGUGGGACAAUCAUGCACUAACUGACGUUAUAUACCUCACUGGCACGGAUGUGAACACGCCUGCUAAAUUUUACUCGCCCCGUGUCACAGCUAUGCAUCCAUGGGGAUUGUCGGCACACCACCAUGGCUCCCACAUCAUCAAGGCAAUGUCGCAGGGAGACCCAAUGCUAGAAUCCACGAUAGAUGGAGAAAGGACGAACAAGGCGCUCGGCGCGUUUGUGAACGGCGCGAUGGCGCUCAUCGGCCUGGGGCUCGUGGGCGUCGCGCUGUGGAUGCUCAUCGACGCCACGUACGGCGCGUGCUUGCUGCCCUACCAGCUCCCCGUCAUCGUCGUCGGCGCCGCGUUGCUACUCGCGGCGCUCGUCGGCUUCUGCGGACUCGCGUGCGACUCGAACGCGCUCUCGUGCCUCUACCUCGUCGUCGCGCUCCUCGCCGUGCUCGCGUCCACGGCUUUCACUAUCUUCGCUUUUCUUGUAACGGGCGGCGCGCCGGCGCCUAUAACGAGUCGCAACCAGACGGUGUACAUCACGUGGGGCUUCACGCCGUGGAUGCAGGCGCAGGUGGGCAACGCCACGUGGCCCGCAAUGCAGACGUGCCUCGCGCGCCGCCGCACGUGCGCGGACCUUCGUCUAUACGCCCCCGCUACGCUCAACGGAACGCAACUCCCGCCCAUCGAGGCCGGCUGCUGCCUUCCCCCGCAAGGCUGUCCCAACCGAACCUACAGGCCCACGUACUACUCCUUUGCAAGCGUCGCUUCCACCGCUCCGCAAUCCCCCGCACCUGCCCAAACCCCCGGCGCGCCAGGAGGCUCAAACCUCCCACAAACCAGCAGCAGCAGCAGCAGGAGCCAGCAGAACUGCAGCGCGUUCAGCAUGGAGCCGGAGACGCUGUGCUACACGUGCGAGUACUGCAAGGGCGGCUUCCUGCACCUGCUGCACGCGCAAUACUCGCUGCUCAAGUUCGUCGCGCUAGGCGCGUCUGUGGCCCUCCUCGUGCUGUACCUCAUGGCGUGCUGCGCCGCCUUCACAGGCCUCGACGAUGACCCCGACUCCAAAGACCCUGCUGAUAUCGCCGCCGCCGCUGCUGCUGCCGCUGCCCGCCGCUGCUGUUGCGAGUGGUAA